AUGCCCCAAGGCGAGUCCAGUCAAAAUAGGUCGGAUUCAGCCGGUGAAGAAACAGCCUCGGUGGCGUCAUUAUCUUUUCAACAGACCUCAUCGAGCACGCCAGACACUCCAACGAGAAACAAUGGUGCUGCCCACGAAACACAUUCCAGAAAGCUGUCAACGACAUCUUCGGUGGGCCAAAACAAUGUGCGUUCAACUAUCGGGCUUGUAAAGGCCACUUUUGAGAAUAUACUACAGCAGAAAGACAUGAAGAAACGCGUGGAUGUGCAAAAGUCGAUUGAACGAAGCCUCAAAGCGCUAGACGAUAGCUUGGCAAGCACUAACAAUGAACCCAGGUUUUUGAAUUCAAUUGUGGUUUUUGAGCCGCUUAGGUUGUGCUGUAGGACUAAAUCUACUCAAAUCGUGCUUAGCGCACUCGACUGUCUGUCCAAGCUUUUUUCGUUCCAAGCACUGGAUGGGAAUACUAUGGUGAAUCCGCCUAAUUCAAUGGCUUCUAAUGAUCAAAAUGAUGCCACGAACUCAGGUAUUACCCCACCUCCCAAACAGCGUCUCAUAGACGCAGCUAUUGACACCGUCACAGACUGCUUCGAAGGCGAAGGCACAGACUCAAGAGUCGAGCUCCAAGUAUUGAGAGCGCUUGCAAGCUGUAUAUUGACUGAUGCUUCGGUCACGGUGUGCCAUGGCCAACCUCUGCUCAAAGCUAUCCGCCAGAUCUACAAUAUUUUCAUCUACUCACUCAAUUCCUCAAACCAAGGUAUCGCACAGGCAACUUUGACUCAAAUAGUCAACCUUGUUUUUGAUAAAGUAGGACGUGGUCUCAACUCGGGUCCUUCUCUCACCACGUCAGCUUCCCGAGCAACUCUACCUGUCACAGCCUCUGAAACCUCUAUCCGGCCCUUGACAUUACAAAAUCUUGAAAAUCUGAAUGCGGAGCAAGAGAGGAUCGUUGAUGAGGAUUCAGAUGAACUUGAAGAUGAGAAAGCUUUACUUAUCAAAGAUGCUUUCUUAGUAUUCAGGGCAAUGACCAAGAUAUCCGCCAAGCCCCUAGAAGAUAACACUGACAUGAGGUCGCAUGCGGUAAGGUCCAAACUGCUAUCGCUUCAUAUCAUCCAUUCCAUCAUACGAGACCAUAUUGACGUUUUUCUAUCUCAAGACAUCAUUUUACCAGGUAAAGAUCAGACGUCCUUGGUGAAUUCCAUUAAACAAUACUUGUGUCUUCUGCUGUCACGAAAUGCCGCUUCACCCGUUGCACCAGUUUUUGAAGUGACGUUAGAAAUAAUGUGGCUGAUGAUCUCAAACUUGAGGUCGGAGUUCAAAAGGGAAAUACCGGUGUUUCUUACCGAGAUCUAUUUUCCCAUUUCGGAUUUGAAAUCUUCUACCCCCCAUCAAAAAAGGUAUUUCCUCAGCGUCAUACAACGCAUUUGUAAUGACCCAAGAACUUUGAUUGAAUUUUAUCUCAAUUACGAUUGUGAUCCUCAUCUACCUAACACUGUUGAAAUAAUAGUUGAUUACCUUACGAGAAUGGCUCUGACGAGAAUAGAAAUCACUCCUUCACAAAGAGCGUAUUAUGAUGAACAGCGGUCGAAGCCGUUGGCAAGUUAUAACCUGGCCCAACUACCGCUCUUAUCGACUUCUAACUUGUCUUCUUCAAGUGCUUCCGAUAAUCUGAACUUUCCCGUCGAGUUUGCGCUGAAGAUGAAAUCUCUCAGCUGUAUGGUUGCUGUGUUGAGAUCGUUAAGUUCUUGGGCUCACAAAGCUCUGAAAUCCAAUGGUUCAGGCGCAAAUUUCACACAAGCGAGAACAAGGUCUACUUCUACUUUUGCAGUAGCAAACGGAAGGAAAACUUUAUCGGCGCGUAGCUCGUCCACAGACGUCAACGGCGAUGCCAACGGGGAUUCGAGGACUGCGUCGAUCGACCAAUCUCAAACGGAUGCCGCUCAAGAUGGUGAUGAUCCUGCCCAGUUUGAAAACUUAAAACUUCGCAAAACAGAGCUACAGGAUUGCAUUAAUAUUUUCAAUUAUAAGCCGAAAAGAGGUCUCAAAGAGUUGAUAGAACGGGGUUUCAUUCCCGAUGACACUCCUCCUUCCAUUGCGAAGUGGCUGCUAGAUACAGAAGGGCUCGAUUUGGCUGCAGUCGGCGAUUAUCUAGGCGAAGGCGACGAUAAAAACAUUGCUGUCAUGCACUCCUUUGUUGACAGGUUUGAAUUCAAGGCUCUAUCGCUUGUAGACGCCUUGAGAAUUUUUCUGCAGAAGUUUAGACUUCCUGGAGAGGGUCAAAAAAUCGAUCGUUUCAUGCUGAAGUUUGCCGAAAGGUUUGCGGAACAAAAUCCAGGACAGUUUGCAAAAGCGGAUACAGCAUACGUUUUAUCAUAUUCCAUCAUUAUGUUGAAUACGGACUUGCAUUCGUCUCAGAUAAAAAACAAAAUGACGCUCCAGGAGUUUAUAGAGAACAAUGCCGGGAUCGAUAAUGGGAAUGACAUUGCCGAAGAGUACAUGGUGAAACUUUUUCAUGAGAUCGCGGAGAAUGAAAUUAAGCUGCAAUCAGAACAGCACCAGGCCAUGCUCUCGAGUGACGCAAGUACGACUCAACAGCAACCAUCUGCAUUCAGCUUUUUCAGCAGUCGCGAUCUUAACAGGGAAGCAUACAUGCAGGUUUCCAAAGAGAUUUCAUCAAAGACUGAGCUGGUUUUCCGUAACUUUCCCAAAACCAAAGGCAACGAAAGUGUCGUAUAUCACGCUGCCUCUCACAUCGAACAUGUGAAAUCGGUCUUUGACACUUUGUGGAUGUCCUUUUUGGCUGCAUUGACGCCGCCCUUUAAGGAGUAUGACGAUUUUGCUUCAACAGAUAUGUGUUUGGACGGUAUAAAACUGUCAAUCAAGAUAUCCGCGACUUUCGGAAAUGACUAUGCCAGAGCUUCGUUCGUCGGUGCACUGGUUCAGUUUGCAAACCUUCAAAAUUUGCAGGAGCUCAAAAUAAAGAAUAUCAAUGCCAUCAUCGUUCUCCUUGAGCUCUCAUUGACAGAAGGAAAUUUUCUCAAAGAUUCAUGGAAAGACGUAUUGUUACUUGUCUCGCAAGUUGAGAGACUACAGCUUAUCUCGAAGGGUAUUGAUGGUCAAUUUCUACCCGACGUCAAACAAGCAAGAUUAGCAAAUAGUCGGAGUUCCUUUGACUCCAACAGAUCAGCAUCAAUGGGGUUCUUUGAAAGGUGGACCAAAAAAUAUACGCCAAUCGAGCUUGCGCAAGAGAAACAUCAUAAUCAGAUCUUAUCCCCUGAGAUUUCGAAGCACAUUUCCUCAAGCCAGCUCGUUCUCUUGAUUGACCGGAUCUUCACCAAUAGCUCGAGCUUGACUGGGAGUGCUAUUGUCGAUUUCAUCAAGGCCCUUACAGAAGUUUCGUUUGAGGAGAUCGAUUCUUCCCACAAUGCGGCUAGCCCUAGGAUGUUUUCCCUACAGAAAAUGGUAGACGUCUCAUACUACAACAUGGAUCGUAUCAGAGUAGAGUGGACGCCGAUUUGGGCUGUGAUGGGAGAUGCCUUUAACAAAAUUGUUACAAACUCCAAUCUGGCUGUCGUGUUUUUCGCAAUAGACUCCCUUCGCCAACUGUCAAUGAGGUUCUUGGAUAUUGAGGAAUUGUCGGGCUUCGAAUUUCAGUUAGAUUUUUUGAAGCCCUUCAAGUACGCAACUUACAAUACGUUAAAUCCUGAAGUUCAAGAAAUGUGCAUUGAAUGCUUCAAAAACUUCAUUCUCACAAAGUCAUCUAAAAUUAAGUCUGGGUGGAAACCUAUACUUGAGUCGCUUCAAUUUACCGCCAAAUCAUCUCAUGAAACAAUUGUUGUCAAGACUUAUCAAUUGGUGGCAAAUGAUAUUGUAAAGUACCAUUUUGAAAGUGUGUUUGCUCAAGAUAACUCUUUUACCGAUUUAGUCGAUGUUCUCAGAGAAAUCACUAAGAGCCAAAAAUUCCAAAAGUUGUCUUUGCAUUCGUUAGAAGUUUUGAAAGGUAUCAUUGAGAAGGUAGCUGAUCUUUGUUUUUCAAAUGAGGAAUCUUCGAAUUUACUGCACGGAAAGGAUCUUUUCCACGAUGUUUGGUUUCCAGUCUUGUUUUGCUUCAACGACACGAUAAUGACCGCAGAGGAUUUAGAGGUACGAUCGAGAGCGUUGAACUAUAUGUUUGACGCUCUUGUGGCCUAUGGUGGUAAACUCAGCGACGAAUUUUGGACAAGCAUUUGUACGAAGCUGUUAUUCCCUAUAUUCGGGGCAUUGUCCAAGCAUUGGGAGAUCAAUCAGUUCAACAGUCAUGAUGACUUAUCAGUCUGGUUUUCAACGACCCUCAUUCAGGCUUUGAGAAACAUGGUUGCACUUUUCACGCAUUACUUCGACAGCUUAAAAGAUAUGCUGGACGGCUUUUUGGGACUUCUCGUUUCCUGUAUUUGUCAAGAAAACGAUACUAUAGCGAGGAUAGGACGGUCAUGUCUACAACAUCUCAUUAUCCAGAAUGCAAGCAAGUUUAGCGACGAACACUGGGAUCAAAUCACUGCUGCUUUUGGCAGCCUUUUCGAGUUGACCACUGCCAACGAAUUGUUCGACCUAGAUCCCUUACAUCAGGGAAGAAGGCCAUCGCAUAGCACCACGGAGGUGGACGGUGAAAUUUCUAUUGAAGAAGAAAUCGCAAGAGCACAUCAAGAAGAACAUGGAGAAGACGUAGGUAAUGCGGACACAGAGGUUGAGAAGCCCACUAGACGCCUGGUUCAGACCAAGAGCAGCGAGAAUCUGAAACGAACAAUCUCAACGAAAAACGCGAUUGUUGUCAAGUGCGUCCUGCAGUUGCUGAUGAUAGAAUCUCUCAGCGAGCUAUUCGAGGACGAAGGGUUUUCUAAUAACAUUCCAUACAAAGAGGCCAUCAAGAUGACGAAUUUACUGGAGAAGACUUUUGCGUUUGCCCGCGAUUUCAAUGAUGACUUUGGCUUGAGGUCACGCAUUUUAAGCGCUCGUCUCGUAGACAGAAUCCCAAAUCUCGUGAGACAAGAAACAAGUGCAUCAGCAGUAUUGAUAAACAUCAUGUUCAAGCUCCUCUUGAACAGCGAAAGACAGUCAGAGGAAGAGAGGAAGCAACUCUCAGAAAGGCUAGUCGCCAUCUCAGUGGGCAUAAUUCAAAAGUACGUGAAGCUCGAUGACAGGACCAUGGAGCACAUUAUAGUGUCGUGGCGUCCUGUGGUGGUUGAGAUUCUACAAGGAUAUGUCGAGUUCGAUGACAAAGACUUCAAGGAAAACCGCUCGGUUAUGUUUGAUCUGGCGCUCCAAAUUCUCGACAAAAGCUUGUCGACCGAUUUGAGGCUUGCUCUAAAAGAAUUCUUGAGCAGGUUUGGCCAAACAUAUCUCUAG